AUGGAAGCUGAAGCGAAAGCCGAUAACAAGUCGCCGACGAGGCUGAAGGCUCACGCGCCGCCGUGUCUUCUUCUUGAUCAGAUCAUAUCAAUGGCCGCGGUAGCCGCCGAGCCUAGGUUCCCGGCUAAUUAUCCUGAGAUCGAUUCUUGCAAGGCGAUUCCAUUGCUAUCGCCACUUAUUCUCUCUCCCAACCCAGAUGCUGCUGCCAAUGAUGAUAAUGAUCAAGAGCGAAUAGUUGAUGAGAAGGACACAAGUGUGGGUGGCAACGAUGACGAUGGAGAUGAAAUUGAAGGGGACGAUGAUAAAGAUGGUGAUCAAGGAGAAAACGGUGUGGUAGCUGAGGACGAUGCCGUUUCACCUAAAAAUGGGUGGCAACAUCCGGCCGUGCCGACUUUCGUUGAUCCAUCUUCCUUGUUUAGUUUCUUUCAAUCACAAUGCAUUAUCGCCAACCAAGCUCAGUCAUAAUUAUGUUAAUUUUUUCUUUUCCUGUAAUCUUUUCUAAGUUUGGCUUUAUAAUUAUCAUUUUUUUUUUUUCUGUUGCAUGGUUUGGUGUAACUUCAUGUCGAUCUCUCUUCUGUUCUGUAUAUAAGUUUAUAAAUCUGUUUUUAGUUUGAGAAAUGUGUAUACCAAUUAUUACCUUUGCAUUAGUAUUUUGUGUUCACAAAACUAAAACUACAGUUUAAAGCCUCA